GGAGUGUUCUUUGACUGAACUGUUGGGCACAUCAUGUCUGAAGAGAUGCACAGAAUGGCAAUAGAAUGCACUGAUUGUCACAAUUGAGACAACAUUUGCCUCUUAUUUAAGACAAUGAGUCGCUUUCAGGCAUUCAAUAAAGCUUUCGAUAGCUUUGAGAUGAGAGACAAAUAUAAGUCAAUGGAGAGAUCCAGUCAUUCCUUAUCGUUUCACGACAGGGAAGACAUCAGACGUCGUCUGGCAUUAGAUUCCGACAGCGAAGACAUGCCUGGCGUCAGGUCUGCGAGGAAAUCAAGUUUAAUGAAUCGUCUUCAGAGCGGACAGAGUUUGCAGAUUUGUUUCAUGAAUGAGACCACAAAUGACUCCAUUCCUCAAGAAAACCAGAAUCAAAGCAAAGACGAGAUUCUUGUGGAUAACAAUUCCAAAGACACUCCACUUUUAGACAAUUCUUAUAUUAUGACAACCGAUACAAACCCUCCAAAGACUAGUCCUAACAAUAAUAGCUCUUUGAAUAUCAGCGACUCAUUGAAUGCAAUCAAUAUCUCAAAACCCAAUAUCAAUCGACCCAAUCAUUUAUUCACUCGAUUAGGCUCCGGGUCUCUCGACCUCGAGACCUAUAAUUUAUUCUCUGUUAUUGAAAAGCCAUCCAAAAAAGAAUUGUUUAAUGACUAUCACUCUAAACUUCACACAGAAGCCAGACUUGCAUUGGCACAGCUGCAGAUUAUUGUUAACGAUAUGUUUACACAAAUUGAAAGUCUGAACACAGAAUUAAUGCAAAUACUAGUCCGAAGGGAUGAGCUGUAUAUGGAACAGGACUCAGUACUCGUCGAUAUUGAAGAUCUCACUAUGUUUUCCAAGCAAUAACAAUUAUUACACCAAUCGUUAAUUGUUUGUUCAUAAUAGUUAAUUUGUUAUUGUUGCUAAUAAUCAUCA